AACGGCUCCUUUCUCUUCUCUUAGCAGCACCCAGCUUGCCCACCCAUACCCAAGAUGGGCAGGAUGCCAGCCUGCUACAUAAAUGUGCCAAAAGCCUGGCCUUGCCUGGAAAAUGGACCGAUUCGCCUGCCAAGAGGUUGGGUCUCGUUCCCUAGAGAAGGAAGUUGCCUCUCCUUGCAGUGAGAGCUAGAAUCGCACUUUCUGCCAAGCUGAGAGAAAGACUCUUUUCCAGAGACUAAAAGGACAAGAAAAUCUGAUUUGCUCGCUUCUAACUUUGCGUUUUAAAGGGGGAAGGAGGAAAGAGAGGGAGGGUGGUUCUGCUUAGCCCCACCCCUCCGGCUGCCCCAAGUCCUGCCGUCCAUUCCGGUGGAGGCAGAGGCAGUCCUGGGACUCUGGGGCUCGUGCUGUGCCACCGGGACCUGCAGGAGCCAGAACCGCUCGGCGCCGCCUGAUGCACGGGAGGGGAGCCGGGCCAGGAAGAACAUGUUAGCCGUGCACUUUGACAAGCCGGGAGGACCGGAAAACCUCUACGUGAAGGAGGUGGCCAAACCGAGCCCGGGGGAGGGUGAAGUCCUCCUGAAGGUGGCGGCCAGCGCCCUGAACAGGGCGGACUUAAUGCAGAGAGAAGGCCAGUAUGACCCACCUCCAGGAGCCAGCAACAUUUUGGGACUUGAGGCAUCUGGACACGUGGCAGAGCUGGGGCCUGGCUGCCACGGACACUGGAAGAUUGGGGACGCAGCCAUGGCUCUGCUCCCUGGUGGAGGCCAGGCUCAGUAUGUCACUGUCCCCGAAAGCCUCCUCAUGCCUAUCCCAGAGGGAUUGACCCUGCCCCAGGCUGCGGCCAUCCCGGAGGCCUGGCUCACCGCAUUCCAGCUGUUACAUCUUGUGGGAAACGUUCAGGCUGGAGACUAUGUGCUAAUCCAUGCAGGACUGAGUGGUGUGGGCACAGCUGCUAUCCAACUCACCCGGAUGGCUGGAGCUAUUCCUCUGGUCACAGCUGGCUCCCAGCAGAAGCUUCAAAUGGCAGAAAAGCUUGGAGCAGCUGCUGGAUUCAAUUACAAAGAAGAGGAUUUCUCUGAAGCAACACUGAAAUUCACCAAAGACUGCAUAGGCGGAUCCUACUGGGAGAAGAACGUCAACUGCCUGGCUCUUGAUGGUCGCUGGGUUCUCUAUGGUCUGAUGGGAGGAGCUGACAUCAAUGGGCCCCUGUUUUCAAAGCUACUUUUUAAGCGAGGAAGUCUGAUCACCAGUUUGCUGAGAUCUAGGGACAAUAAGUACAAGCAAAUGCUGGUGAAUGCUUUCACGGAGCAAAUUCUGCCUCACUUCUCCACGGAGGGCCCCCAACGUCUACUGCCGGUUCUGGACAGAAUCUACCCAGUGACCGAAAUCCAGGAGGCCCAUAAGUACAUGGAGGCCAACAAAAACCUAGGCAAGAUCGUCCUGGAACUGCCCCAGUGAAGGAGGAGGGGGCAAGACAGGACGCGGCCACCUCAGGUCUUUCUAGAGCAAACCUGGAGAAGAUUCACAAUAAACAGGCAAGAAACCCGGUGCUUCCUCCAGAGCCGUUUAAAGCUGGUCUAAGGAAAUAAAGAGUGGACUGGAAGGGUGGCACGCGGACUGCGGCCGCCGCGGCGGGGUUGGGGAAGGAGUCCGGCGGGCGUCGCAGCGGGGAUUUCAGAGGCCGGAUCAGCUGAGGCUCGACCUGAGCGCCCCUCCAGGGUCGGAGGUUCUGGGUAUAGUUACAGCGUCAGCCGUGACACAAGCCGCCAGAACCCCGCAGACUCCGCCUUGAGCACGGCUAGGGGCUCAGGCCCACCAUCGCAUCUCCCGCACCUGCCCGCGCGCCCAGCACAGGGGCACCACAGCAGGCCCCGGCCCUACCGGCUACUCACCUGGGCCCCACCCCACCUCUCACCGCCCUUCUCCGCUCCCACCACCUCCCGCUACACGUCUGGGCCCCGCCGAACCUCCACCAUCCUCCUCAGGCCGCGACCACUUCCGCUACUCACCUGCGCCGCACCCCACCUCUCACCCCCCCCCUCCUCAGGCCCCGCCCCCUCCCGCUACUCACUUGGGCCCCUCCCUACUUGUCAUAACCCUCCUCAAGCCCCGCCCCCUCCGCUCCCCAAUUACUCACCUGGGUCCCGCCCCAGCUCACCGCCCUCCUCAGGCCCCGCCCCCUCCACCCAGGUCCCUUUGCUCAGGGAGGGCCUCCCCUACCGGAACAUCCCGCCUUUUGGAGGCUACGCCCCGCCCUUUACGCUACAGAGCCCGGAAGUGUCUUGAACUCGCGUUUCCAUCUUCCGGCCUCGCGUCUCAGGCUCGGUUUUACCCAGAAGUGUGUUCGAAGGGGGCUGCUACGUCAGCGCGCCUCGGCGUGAGACAGCGCUGUUCCGCUGUAACAGCUUCCGGCGGGUCCUGGAUGUUGAUGUCCUGUGUCUUGCGGUGUAACGCCUGAAACCGAGCUAGCUCCGGAGGGGUCCGGAGGAAUUUCAGUAUCUGCUACGGUAACCUUAUCAGCCCGCCAAGAUGGCGAUGCAAGCGGCCAAGAGGGCGAACGGGGAACACACCUGAAACUAGAGGAACAGCUUAUGUGGUCUAUGAGGACAUCUUUGAUGCCAAGAAUGCAUGUGAUCACCUGUCGGGAUUCAAUGUUUGUAACAGAUACCUUGUGGUUUUGUACUAUAAUGCCAACAGGGCAUUUCAGAAGAUGGACACAAAGAAAAAGGAGGAACAGUUGAAGCUUCUCAAGGAGAAAUAUGGCAUCAACACAGAUCCACCAAAAUAAAUGUUUUCUACAUUUUCAUUUUGGACUAAA